AUGGCGGAGCAGAGGAGCAAGAAGAAGGUGGUGAUCGUGGGCACCGGCGUGAGCGGCCUGGCCGCAUGCAAGCACCUCCUAGACCGGGGAUUCCACCCCGUGGUAUUCGAAGCCGACACCGUGCUCGGCGGCGUGUGGGCGCACACGCCGGACUGCACGGUGCUGCAGACGCCGAAGACGCUGUACCAGUACUCGGACUUCCCGUGGCCGGAGGACGUCACCGAGGUGUUCCCAGAGCUGUACCAGUACCUCAACGCCUAUGCGACUCGCUUUGGUGUGAUGGAGUGCGUCCGGUUCGGGAGACGGGUGGUUGGCAUGGAGUUCGACGGUGUCGGAGAGGACGCCGUCGACGCUUGGGAUGAGUGGGCUGGGAAUGGCACGGCGUUCGGCGAUGGCGCCGGCCAGUGGCGGCUCGAGGUUGCGAACGCCGAGGGACGCGUCGAGAGAGUCGGGCAUAUGAAUCUGCAGGCACGAGACAUCGAGGUAGCGUGA